AUGGAUUUACAUGCACCACCACUUGUUGUACAUGGGUAUGAACCGCACGCGCCAUUGCUGGAAGUAGAAGGUCUGGAUCCUCACAGUCCUCAGCAUAAGGUUCUUAUUCACGCCCCAAUUCAGAGCCAAGAGCUGAUUAGCAACGACCAUCGGAAUGGAGAUGAGCAGUAUCACGCGCAUAGCAGCAACCAGGGAGGCGACGGUCACGGUGGAGUCAACCAGCUAGGCGGAGUCUUCGUGAACGGACGGCCUCUACCAGACGUGGUGCGCCAGCGGAUUGUGGAACUAGCACAUAGUGGUGUGCGACCGUGCGACAUAAGCCGGCAGCUGCGGGUGUCGCACGGCUGUGUGUCGAAGAUACUAUCUCGAUACUACGAAACAGGUAGCUUCAAAGCCGGAGUGAUAGGCGGUUCGAAGCCAAAGGUGGCGACGCCGCCAGUUGUGGACGCGAUCGCCGCGUACAAGAGAGAAAACCCGACGAUGUUCGCGUGGGAGAUCCGGGACAGACUUCUGAGCGAGGGGAUCUGCAGCCAGGAUAACGUGCCGUCAGUCUCUAGUAUAAACAGGAUCGUACGGAACAAGGCGGCGGAGAAGGCGAAGCACGCGCAUAAUCAACAGCAGCAGCAGCAGCAAGAACAGGAGAUCAGCUCGGCACAAGGGAGCGUUGUUUCUGUGAUAACCCACGCGGGCAACGCGCCCGGAACCACGGCGGUGCUGACGCCCACGACGGAGCACGUCAACAACACGGGCAGCUACAGCAUCAACGGCAUCCUGGGCAUCGAGCAGGUCGACCAGCUGCACAAUGGCAACGGGCUCAAGAGGAAACGGCACGAGGACCAAGAUGAGAAUAGAGACUUCAACAGCCAUUCCGAAGACGACGUCAAAAGACAAAGAAGUCAUUACAAUGGCGACCAAAUAUACUCGAAUCUCUGGUCGUCGUCGAAGUGGAGCCUGAAGGACGAGUACAAGCUGCUGUCGGAGCUAGGUGGUGGCACAGGCUACUACGGAGAACUCUUCGAUGCACCCUACGACCACCCACCCCACCACUAUACCCCUCACUCUGCCACCAACGACUCAACAGGGUCAACAGCUGCGGGUGGGGAGCCCCCUUCAGCUGCCGGCAGCCCUGACGCCGCGGCGUUGGUGGUGCUGCAACCCCCCGCACCGCCUUACCCCCCCUACGCACAUUACGACGGUACAGCCUUACCCAGCGAGUACGCGUACGCCGCGCCCUAUUCUCAAUACUCCCCCUACGGCGGGCCUUACUCGCAUCCCGCCGCCACAGGCCUGUUGUCCAAGUGGUAA